UUCUAGAGACAGUCAGGGACUUUCCAGCUCGCGCUCUCUUCACAGCCUCAUGUGAAAGCUAACUUUAAUCUAUAACCCGAAUCUUAAGGUUUAUAGAUUAAACUUAGCUUUUCUGUUUCUGCUCCUCUUCAUCUCCUGGUGAAGUAUCCCCGUGGAUUUAUAAUAAUCUGACUGUUGGAUUAAGAGGAUCAGAGCGAUGACGUGUGCUGUGUCGCCUGUUUGUCUCAGCUGGACUCUCCUGUUCCUCUGUGUGCAGGUGUCAGCUGCUACAGAUCAGACAAAGACCAUAAAAGCUGCACCUGGACAGAAUGUCUCUCUGCCAUGUCGAGCUCCCGAAGACACAAACAUCAUAGUUGUAGAGUGGAGCAGACCUGAGCUGGAGCCAGAAUAUGUGUUUCUGUACCGGGACGGCAGGUGUGUUACAUCCUACCAGCUCCCGUCUCUUCAGAACCGGGUGGAGCUGCAGGACAGACAGAUGAAGGACGGGGACGUGUCUCUGACUCUGAAGGACGUGACAGAAAAGGACGCAGGAAGAUACGAGUGUUAUGUUGUCCAGGGAGGAAGAAACCGCAGGAAGAGGGGCAUUUCUGAGCCAAUCAGCAUCAUCAAUCUGGACGUUCAGCCAGGUAUCACAGAGGAGAGAGGAGACGAGGAGGGACGAGACAAGGAGGGAAACAGUAGAGGACGUGUUGCACUGGAAGUCGGUCUGUCAGCUGCUGCUCUGCUUGUUGUUGUUGUUGUUGUUGUUGGUUUCAUGAUCUAUAGGAAACGCAGACUCACAGAGCAGAGUUCAUACAAACCUCCUGCUGAUGCAGCAGCUGACCAACAGCUGGCGUGAACUGUAAACAGGAAGUGGAAGAUGUCCUUCAUGUAUAUUUCACUGCCAUUUAUAGGUCUUCACCGUCCCUCUGUCUCAGCAGCAGACAGACCAGUGUCUCCUGUCAAACUGUCCUCUGUCAGUAAAACACCAGGGGUCAAGACGUCUCUCAGUACAGUUCUAACAUUCAGCUGGAAACCGGCCCAAACAAGAGAAGUGUUCGUCCGGCCCACCAGUCUGCACCAGUCCUGCCUCCCCCUCCGGAAAUCGCCACCUUAUCGUGGUGGAGGGGUUUGUGAGUUUAGAGGAUCCUGGGAGCUGUGUUGUCUGGACCGUUCAGGUCCUGGUAGGGUCUCCCAUGGCAACUGGUCCCAGGUGAUGAGCCAGACAAAGAGCGAUUCAAAACCUUUGACACCAUAGAGACAGGCAGUGCGGUGACUGGACAAAGACAGAUGUCUUAGUGGACCGGACUCAGAGGAAAAAGACUUUAAACCUGAACUCUUGAAUCAUGUUCGUCAUCAUUUAAUAUUCAAAGUUGUUCUUCCACUUGCCCUUAUGUGAAAACUUCAGAGAAACUUUCCCCAAUUAUGAUGAAUAACAAUAACAAUACCAGGAAGAAUCACUGAGUUAGACUCAAGUAUCAUCAGCUGAAUGUUCUGUAAUUGUCAACAACAACAACAACAACAACAACAACAACAUCUCCUUCACUGAGCUGCUGCUGCUCGUCUUCAUCACCUGUAGCACAUGUACUGCAUCACCUUCCUCCACCUACUGAUUUAUUCAUACAAAUGGAAUGAUUAUAUUUUAGGGAGUGGACUUUGGUUUAUCAAUAAUAAUAGUGACAACAAUAGAUUUUCAGCUGUGGUUUAAAAACGUUCUGAGCUUCUCUCAAGCCGCUGGUCAACAGGUUUUUCCUGUGUCGCUGGUGGAAGCUUUUCUAUCAUAUAAACUGAAGAGUUAAACAUGUUCCAGCUGUUCAACAGGAAGUUUGUAAAGGAAAAGGAAUUCAAAAAGUCAAAUCUACUGUCAAAUACUAAAAUACUCAAAGUAACAGAAAAGUAAAAGUAAAAACUAAAAUGUGAUGUUUUUAAAUGUUAUUAAAGAGUUUAAAUUAAACCUAUCUACACAGUAGAUGGUUAGUAUCUAACUGAACUGAACCAUUGGAAACACAUAAACUGAUGUACAGAAGAUGUAAAUGUUAAUACACAAAUAAUAAAAAACAAAAGCUAAAAGUUUCUCUGUGGAAAGAAAGAAAAAUGAUGAAGCAGCUAAUGUAUAUUAAAAUAUUUAUAUUCAGUAACUCAGAAUCUUUAAAUCUGUUUCAUCAGUCUGAUGUGAUAUAAUAAUCCAUCUGUCUGAGCUCUGAUGACCUUUGAUCUUUUACUAAAUAAAAAGUAUUUUCUUUUA